AUGAUUAAAGGAGUUCCUUCUAGCCAGGCGAAAAUAAUUUUUGCCAAAAAUAAUUUUCAUGGACGUUCGAUUUUUGCUUGUUCUGUGUCUACUGAUCCUCAAGUUUAUGAGAAUUUUGGGCCUUUUAUUCCUAAUAUUUUGCAUAAAGCACUUUCGGACCCACAAUGUGCUGCUUUUGUGGUAGAACCAAUACAAGGGGAGGCAGGGGUUGUUUUGCCAAGCGAGGGAUAUUUAAAAGGAGUGCGUGAACUAUGCACAAAAAAUCGAGUUUUGAUGGUUGCUGAUGAAGUACAGACUGGAUUGGGGAGGACGGGAAGGUUGGUUGGGUUGAAAACUGGGGUUGGUGCUGUUACCCUUGAAUUUUGGGUCUUUCAUCCAAACAAGAGAUAG